UGAGUUGGAAUGCUGCAAGGCAAUACUAACGAAGGCAAAUCAAUUGCAAUAUCAGUUGAACAAGCUGUCAAGCAAAAUAGAUGGUUUGCAUUUGCAAAACCAAUCCGAAUUUAUUGACGCCUCACUGCAGAACUUUACGCGGGACCUGGACAACCAGGUGGCUUCCAUAAAGGCCAUUCAAAAUAUGCAGGCCGAGGAGUUUGAGCAGAAGCUACUGGAAAAGGAUCGGAUGCGCCUUGAAUUGCUGGACGCAUUGAAUAAGCAGGAGCAGAGCCAUUUGCAGGAGACGGAAAAACUUAAAGGGCAGCUGGAGGCCAGGGACAAACGGUGCUUGGAGCUGGAGCAGCAAGUCGAAACCUACAAGAGCAACACUGAGCACAACACCAGCUGUCCCAUUUGCUUCGAUCAAUGGAAUUCGUCUGCCGCGCAUCGCCUGGUCGCGCUUGGCUGCGGACAUCUCUUCGGCGACAACUGCAUCAGGAAUUGCCUGCAGCAAGUGUCGGAGUGUCCACAGUGCAGAGCUCGAGCUGACCAAUGUGAGAUACGUUAUAUCUAUGGACGUCCUGUGUAGAAGCCUCUAAUAAUGCUGAGGCAUUACUGAAGAA